AACAGGCUGAACUGCUUCAAACUCAUAUUAGACCCGAGAGAAACUUUGCUGCCUGUACACUUUUGUUUUAGUGUCGUAAGGCAGUACAGCUCGGUGGAGGUGUUCUUAAGUUAGCAUGCCUGCUAAAGCAAAACAGCAUCGUGAAUGAAGAGAUUAAACAGAUAUAAAGGUUAUUAAACAUAAACAUUCACAAAAACACAAACGCCGUAUGCAAACCCUCAGUCGGCAGCAGUCCAGGAGUCAAUGCUCAUGCACUUUAUCAGGACAGAGAGUUCAGGGUUCAGAAUGCUGUUGUGAUUUGGAAAUGUCCAUCUCUGAUCGUCUGCAAUGCUGGACAUGCUGAAGGCCCCAUAUUGUGUGUCAUUUGUAAAUAUGAGACAGCUGUUAAAACAAUGCAUGCAUGGUCCAAGUCUGCUGCCACCCUGAAGCUCAUCAUGGAUGUUUCCAUGUCUGUCUUAAGCGUGAGGGAGUGAACCUGUGGAUAUCUGAGCAAGAUGGAAGACGACAUGGCUAUACAUUGGGAGACGGUAGAGGAAAGCACUGACUGUGGUCCGGCCAUUGUUUCUCUGGCCAGUCCGGAUCAUGGAAAUGACAGGGACCCGCCUCAGGGACCUGAGUGUGAACAUGAGGCGUAUGAUGAAUUUGAUUGUGAAUUCCCUGAGGAAGACUUUGAUUUGGAAGUAGAUGAGAAUGAAGAACAAAACACCACGACUAAGGAUCAGGUGGAAGAUGGGAGUGCUGAAAAGGAGAAAUGUGAAAGAGGAGGGAAAAAUGAAUUGGAGAAUGAGUUGAGGGGCAACGCAGAGUCUAGAUCCCGCAGUGCUGGAAUCGGGAGGAAAGGAAAGGCCAAGAAGAGUGUCUUGGCGCAGGGGCCUUGUGAUCAAAUGCCAUCGUGGACGUCUUCCACGUCUCAUAAAUCCUUCUUUGCACCCUCCGGGCCCAGCAGAUACAAGCAGGUGAAGCGACGGAGCCAACAUCUGCACAAUCACAGCCGUGCACGAAGGAAAAACGGGAUCCAGCCGUUGGUCAUGGUGUGUCGGGAUUUCCUGGCGGAAUUUGUCAGCCCCUGGUGCAUUUCCUGCAUCCAUAUGGUUGUCGAACUCAUCAUCUCUUUGACCCACCGCUGUGGAGUUGCUGUGGAAUCGUCUGGAAUCGCGCUAUAUGACUUUGGAACACGCAUGCUUUGCAAGGUCACAGAUAUUCCAGGCUUGACGCAAGAUGUGCGGCGCUUCCUGGACUGGAGCUGGUGGUCAGCUGUAGCUUUAAUAGAAGGCAUCGGCAGGACUUUGUGUUGGGCUCGGCACGCUCUUCUUUCCAGUUUGAGAUUUGGUGGUGCCACGCUAAACACAGGCUCUCAGAUGAUGAGGCGUGUCGUGGGAAGGCUGGCGGGAGAGAGGGGCAGGAAAUGGUGGCUUGCCCUCCAAAGCAGCAGGGUUUGGAGGAAAGUGUCGGAUCUGACCGUGAGGAUUCACGGGUGUUUCUUUAAACAAGGUGGCAUGAAUGAAAGCUCAAAUCCAGAGUCUCCCAACAGGGGGGCAGACAAGUGGCAACCUGGUGAAGAGCUGCAGAGACUGCUGGCACUAUCCAAGAUCCCUGAAGAGGAGUUGGACCCAUUUAACGUUCUUGGAGUGGAUAUUCAUGCCACUGAAUCUGAACUCAAGAGAGCUUACAGGCAGCUGGCAGUACAGGUUCAUCCCGACAAAAACAAGCACCCAGGUGCUGACGAGGCCUUCAAGGUGUUAAGAGCAGCAUGGGACAUCGUCAGUAACCCGGAGACACGGCGAGAGUAUGAACUGAAGCGUAUGGCAGCUACAGAGCUUUCGAAAUCCAUGAAUGAGUUCCUGACCAAACUACAGGACGACCUGAAAGAAGCCAUGAACACAAUGAUGUGCACUAAAUGUGAGGGCAAGCACAAGCGCUUUGAGAUGGACCGUGAGCCUGGCGAGGCCCGAUUCUGUGCUGAAUGUAAUAAAUGGCACAGUGCCGAGGAGGGAGACUUGUGGGCUGAAUCUAGUAUGCUGGGACUGCGCAUCACGUACUUCGCCUUUAUGGAUGGCAAAGUCUUUGACAUUACUGAGUGGGCAGGCUGUCAGCGUAUAAGCAUCUCUCCAGACACACAUCGUGUGCCAUAUCAUAUCUCUUUUGGCUCUAAAGGUAGCAGCGGCCCCAGCCGCCACAGAUCCGCGCCAGAUCACGCAGCAGGUGGCGGCUCACCUGCGGACCUGCAGGACUUCUUCAGCCGCUUCUUCCAGGGCGGAGCUCCCAGUGACGCGUCUAACGGAGGCUUCUUCCCAACGGGAAACCCGCCGCCUCCUGCCUCUGCAGCAGCUGCAGGGACUGCAAACAUGUUUUCAGGGUCGUCUCCACAAACAGGGUUCUUUAGCCCAGGGGCUCAACGGAGCGACCCCAGCGAACACUGGACUGAAGGAGGAAAACCCCCGCGCCGGCGCAAGAAAGUUCGCAAGCCAUUCCAGCGCUGAGAAACGUAAAAUUACGCAGAGGUGGAGCGCUGUCUGUUGCCAUGCUGUGACAAGAUAUUGGCCAACUAGUGCAUCAAAACGAAGACAAAAUCUUUUGGCUUCGUUUGAACAUUCAGUGUUGGUGCUUUGAAGCUUCCUGAUACAGAGUGAAAUGGCAUUGAAUUUCGUCGAGGAGCAAGCGAAGAGAGAUGCAAGAAGAAGAUCUUGCCGUUUCAUGUUUGAAGUUCUUUUUUGGUUUUUUUUUAUCUCGUUUUGACACAAAUUAAUGUACGUUCAAGCAUUUGAAAUCACACUCUUUCAAGAAACAAGGACUCGUGCGUAGAGACUCCUGGUGUAUCUGAAGAAUAUUUGACCCGACAUUAAAAAUGGACUAUUUACUCACCAUCAUGCAGUUCCAAACCUUUAUGCCUUUUGUUUUUUCAUUGGAUUUUCUCACAGCACAAGAACAGAAAAUACCCAACAUCGUAAAAGUAGUCCAUGUGACUUAUGUUUUCAGAUGUCUUGGAAUAGCUUUGUGUGACGACCCAAACUCAAGCUGGUCUCUGAUCAUGUUCUUCUCCUUCAUAACUAUCAAAUUUGGCCCAGGUUUAAUGCAAAGGUCAUGGGUUACAUGACAACCAAUGGUGUUUAGGGAGAGAGAGGUCAAAGCGUUUGUAGUCGGAGUUUCAGUGAAUAAUAACUUUGCUUUUGAACUGCAUGAAGAUUAUAAAGAUUGUCCUUUUGUGUUCCUCUGGGGGAAAAAAAUCACAGCAUCAGAGUUUGGAACAAUGUGAGGGUAGCGAUGACCCGUUUUUACCCAGUUUUACUUUAAAAAUGUCUCUUUUUUUGCCAGGCUUGAAUCUGAUGGAAAAUGUUGGCGAUGUGGCUAAAUGUUUUGCGAUACGAUCACAUUAGGAUUAAUGUAUAAAUCGCACACAGACCUCAGGGAUGACUUUCUCUUCAUCUGCUACUAGUAAGAGAACAGGAAGAACAUGUAGCUGAGAUUUCCCAAUGUUCCUGGGCGUAUCAGCUCAUGAGAUCCUGAGGAUACCAGUUAUUCAAGCCCCAGAAUUCAACAGUUCAACAUUAAAACCAGUUUGUUUUCUUCAGGUGGAUAGUUGUUGUUGUUUUUUUUUGUUUUUUUUGUUUGUUUUCUUCAUUGUUUAAAUCACUCAUAGAUUUACAAAUAUUUUAAUUAAAAAAUGACAGGAUAUGGGUUAGUAUUCUUGAGAUGGAUCAACUGCUCACAUGAAACUUUGAAUCAGAAGAUGGAAGAUUCUAGUGGGAUUUUCCCAUCAAAUGCUCUGCCUGCUUCAUGGAUCUGUUGACUUGUUCGCUUUAGGUUUUGCUGGAGCUGCAGGAGCCUCCGUAGUAUUGUCAAAAGUACCGACUUCUAUACCAAGUCGGUACUGAAGUUUUAAAAAUGUGACUCUUUGAGCGCUGUUGAACAGAUUCAUAAAUACCUCUGAUUGGCCAGUGCACUCAACAGAUAUGUCUGUGAUUGGCUACAAUGAUCAACGUAACUGGAGCGUUUAAAAGCACACAGAAGCGUUUGAAUUUGAAAGCGUUUUGACUGGUCAGCUUUCAAACGAUCUCGUGUAUAUCUGUGUAAGCGCUCCGUGAAGAGCGUCAUUGAUGUCUGUUUACAUGUUUUUGAAGCGUUGAUCAUUGUAGCCAAUCACAGACAUAUCUGUUGAGUGCGUGAACACAGUGGCCAAUCAAGUGUCUACGAAUCCGCUCAAAGUGUCAUAUUUUUUAAAAAUUUCAGUAGUGACUUGAUGCCCAAGUCGAUAAUUUUGACAACUCCAAUGUGCAUUAUAUUUAGAGUGAGAAAAAACACAUCAAAAUUUAAGAUACUUAAAGCACAAAUGAAAUCGUGUAGACCUUAGAUGUCUGCAUGCAUAGAUUCUGAAGUUAAGUUUAAAAAUGGGUUUUGAUGUGAAAAUCCCAGAGCCUCCCUUUAAGAAGUACAGUUUUAAUUUUUGACCACUUCUUAACACUCAGGAAUCAUCUUAAAAGAUUAUUUCAUUCAUCUGCCAACAGAUUCAUUAGUGUCCAAACCUGAUGUCUUUGUUCAGUUUUUUUCUUUUUGUUUAUCUUUACAGUAGGCCCAAUAUUCGUUAAGACAUGGACAGCUUUGCCUCUGUUCAGCUGAAACAUACCAAUGCAUGUGUGUUCAGGGUCAUGUGUUCAUGAGUCAGAGAUGCUUUCAUGUUCAGUUUUAAUUCUGUUAAAUGCGCUUGUUUAACUACAGUCUUUAAAGGAAAUGAUCAAUUCCAAGAAUAAAGCGAUUUGAAGAGGCUGUACUUUCCAGAAAUUAAA